AUGGCGUUACCGCUACUGCCAGUUGAAGACGUUCAACGAGCUUUUGAAACACUUAGUGAAGAAGCUCCGGUGGAAUUGCAACCAUUUUUUGAAUAUUUCGAAGAUUGGUGGAUGAAGAAGGUGCCAUUUCGUCUUUGGAACGUAUCGAAUUUAAAACAUGGCAUAGUCGGUUCAACAAAAGAGUCGAAAAAAAUCAUCCUAAUUUUUGGUCAUUUGUGA